AUUUCAGCACCACGCGGAAGGACUGCGGUUGUAUAUGAAGGGUAGGCGUUUUCAUAAUUACAAUUUUUACAAGUAUGGACUGAUGGCGGCUCAAUGUUGUCGCUUGCAAAACGCGGGACCUGUUAUCGUAACUCAACUGUGCCUCAGUGUAAGAAAACGGAGUUGAAUGUGCCUUAUCUACUCGUUCCCUUGCUCUGAUGCUCUGUCUAGGACGGUCUAGGAGGGGGUAUGAGAAUUGAGCGCAAUUGCAUAACUCCCUACUGUCUGGGAUAUAAGCGGAUCAGCAUCUCGUCACACACGGUCUUUCAUUCAGCACCGAACUUGACUGUCGUUUGAGCAGACUCUCUCACUGUCACUUUAACCAUGGGCAAGGAAAAGCUUCACAUCAACAUUGUGGUGAUCGGCCACGUGGACUCUGGAAAGUCCACCACCACUGGCCACCUGAUCUACAAGUGCGGUGGCAUUGACAAGAGGACCAUCGAGAAGUUUGAGAAGGAGGCUGCUGAGAUGGGGAAGGGCUCCUUUAAGUAUGCCUGGGUGCUGGACAAGCUGAAGGCAGAGAGGGAGCGUGGCAUUACCAUUGACAUCUCACUGUGGAAGUUUGAGACCAGCAGGUACUACGUCACCAUUAUCGAUGCUCCCGGACACAGGGACUUCAUCAAGAACAUGAUUACUGGAACCUCCCAGGCGGACUGUGCAGUGCUGAUCGUGGCGGCUGGCGUGGGGGAAUUCGAGGCGGGCAUCUCAAAGAACGGGCAGACCCGCGAGCACGCCCUCCUAGCCUACACCCUGGGGGUCAAGCAGCUGAUCGUGGGAAUCAAUAAGAUGGACUCCACUGAGCCCAACUACAGCCAGAAGCGCUAUGAGGAGAUUGUGAAGGAAGUCAGCACCUACAUCAAGAAGAUUGGCUACAGCCCGGAUAUGGUAGCCUUUGUUCCUAUCUCUGGCUGGAACGGAGACAACAUGCUGGAGGCCAGUCCUAACAUGACCUGGUUUAAGGGAUGGAAGAUCACCCGGAAGGAUGGCAGUUCGUCCGGGACCACCUUGCUGGAAGCUCUGGAUGCCAUCCAGCCCCCGUCCCGCCCCACCGACAAGCCCCUCCGCCUGCCCCUUCAGGAUGUCUACAAGAUUGGAGGAAUUGGCACAGUGCCCGUGGGGCGUGUGGAGACGGGUAUGAUCAAGCCAGGCAUGGUGGUGACCUUUGCCCCUGUUAACGUGACAACCGAAGUGAAGUCUGUGGAGAUGCACCACGAGGCUCUGACUGAAGCAAUGCCCGGAGACAACGUGGGCUUCAACGUCAAGAACGUGUCCGUCAAAGAUAUUCGCCGUGGCAACGUGGCCGGAGACAGCAAGAACGACCCCCCUAUGGAGGCAGCCGUCUUCACUGCUCAGGUGAUCAUCCUGAACCACCCAGGUCAGAUCAGUGCUGGGUAUGCCCCGGUGCUGGACUGCCACACCGCCCACAUCGCUUGCAAGUUUGCUGAGCUCAAGGAGAAGAUAGACCGUCGCUCAGGCAAGAAACUGGAGGACAACCCCAAGGCCCUGAAGUCUGGGGAUGCUGCCAUCGUGGAUAUGGUCCCGGGGAAGCCCAUGUGUGUGGAGAGCUUCUCUGAGUACCCUCCACUGGGUCGUUUUGCAGUGCGUGACAUGCGCCAGACAGUGGCAGUCGGGGUGAUCAAGGGUGUGGAGAAGAAAGCUCCCUCCACUGGCAAGGUCACCAAGUCUGCCCAGAAGGCCCAGAAGACCAAAUGAAUGUUGUGCUGUGCUGCCGACUCCAGAGUCACCCAUGGCAGGACAAUGGUCACCCAACCCCACCCCCCUAUUGGCUGCUUCAACUCCAUAGUCAAGGACUGGUUAAUAAUCACAAUGCAUCGCAAAAGUAUCAGAAGGAAAGAAAAAAAAAGCUUAGUCCUUAAGACAGUGUUUGUUCUUACUCCCAUUUCAAAGUGGCUAUAUUCAUAUGUAUUUACGUUGUAAUAGCACAUUGCUAGUUUUAAACGUGUACUGUUAAAUAAGUGAAUGAACAUGUUCCGUGUGUGAUAUUUUAACCAUAGAGGGGUGCGGUUAUACUCUUCACGCAGUCUGUUGUCUUGCUUUUAGUGUUUGUUUGUAAACUACCUGGUGCUUUAUAGCAGCCUAUGGUAAUACAACUUAAAACUCUUAUAAGUAGAACAUUUGAGAAAAGUUAAGUGUAUGUUGUAUUAUAGCUUUAAAGGAAACAAAAAAGCUAAACAUUUUACAUUUGUCUCACUCUAAGCAUACUGAGCUGAACAAUUGUUGACUCUCCAAGCACUUUUAAUUGGCGUUUUGUUAACUUUUCACUGGAAAACGUUUUAAUUGGCAGAAGCUGUUGCAUCUUACUCUGUUCAAGAUGGCAGAAGCCCUGUUCAUGACAUUAAAGAUGUUUCAACCAACCAGAA